AUGAGGCAACUGACGCCUGCCCCUCAGGACUGGUGUGCGGUGUCCAGGCAGGCCCGCCGCCUCGUGCCGGCCAGAGGAGGUGGUCAGUACCUGGGAGUGGCCCUCACGGAGCGGCCGGGUGCCGACUGCACCGCCGCGGGGCACAGCCCGGGCCCGAGCCAUCUGUGGUGGUUAACGAGGCAUGAAGCUGCUGCCGGCCCGACAGCCCCUCGUCCCCACAGUCUGGACCACCCUCCCUCCCUCUACUAUGGGAACCCACGCCUGGGGAUGGCACCCAGCCUCCUCCUCAGGGCUGACGUGCCCAUGCCCACGGGGCACCUCCCAACCACACAGGCAGGGAGUGGAGGUGUUGGGGGCGGGGCUUCAGGGGAGCCCCAGAAGCUGCGCUGCAGGCAGGGGCACGCGAGGCUGAAACCGAUCCCCGCUCGGGGCUGUGGACUGUGUGGGGUGUGCACAGAGGGCACUCUGGCCCGGCUGUCCUGCCUUCUCCUGCCCACACCCCCGGGUCCCAGGCCUGCCAGGCCCUCCUGUGAUGGGUGCCGGGUGCCGGGUGCUGGGAGAACUGGGGAAGCCGUGGGGCUCAGGGGCCCCAUGCACCCCACCCCUCAGACAGCACACAGGGGAAAGGAACAGAAAACGUGGGGCUCCUCCCCCUGCCCUCACACCCCCCAGAGCCUCAGACAGACGGGUCACCACGCUCUCCCUGUGGUGCUGACUCCAUCCCCCAGGCCUGAGGGGUGGCCUUCCGGGUCACCAGGGUCCAGACAGGGCCUUCACAUGCCCUGUAGGGACGUGGCUGCACAGUGGGGAGCCGGCCCCAGCAGCAGCUUAGCACCCAGUCCCUGGUUUUGGUUUUGCUUCCUGCUGAAGUUCAGAGAGCCUGUGAUGCCUGCCCACCCCCAGAUGGACCCAAGAGGUGUCCUCAGUGGCCCCCGAGGCAACGCCAGGGGUGGAACAGGGUCGGGGCCGGCAGGUACCGCAGGCUUCCGAGGGCUCACGUCUGCAGAGGGUGAUGCCCCGCCGGUCGCAGGCUCUCCAGGGCCUGUCUGCUUGUUCCCUCCAGGCUCAGCCCCAGGCUCUACCUCCAGCUAAAGCAUGAAUGGCCUCGAGGUGGCUUCCUCAGGCCUGAUGGCCAACUCCUCCCUGGCCCCCACGGAGCAAUGUGGCCAAGAGACGCCGCUGGAGAACGUCCUCUUUGCCUCCUUCUACCUCCUGGAUUUCAUCCUGGCUUUUGUUGGCAACUCCCUGGCCCUGUGGCUCUUCGUCCGGGACCACAAGUCCGGCACCCCUGCCAACGUGUUCCUGAUGCACCUGGCCGUGGCCGACCUGUCCUGCGUGCUGGUCCUGCCCACCCGCCUUGUCUACCACUUCUCGGGGAGCCACUGGCCGUUUGGGGAGAUCCCGUGCCGGCUCACCGGCUUCCUCUUCUACCUCAACAUGUACGCCAGCAUCUACUUUCUCACCUGCAUCAGCGCUGACCGCUUCCUGGCCAUCGUGCACCCCGUCAAGUCCCUCAAGCUCCGCAGGCCCCUCCACGCCCACCUGGCCUGCGCCUUCCUCUGGGUGAUGGUGGCCGUGGCCAUGGCCCCGCUGCUGGUGAGCCCACAAACGGUGCGGACCAACCGCACGGUGGUCUGCCUGCAGCUGUACAGGGAGAAGGCCUCCCAGCACGCCUUUGCGUCUCUGGCCGUGGCCUUCACCUUCCCGUUCGUCACCACGGUCACCUGCUACCUGCUCAUCAUCCGCAGCCUGCGGCAGGGCCCACGCGUGGAGCGGCGCCUCAAGAACAAGGCGGUGCGCAUGAUCGCCGCGGUGCUGGCCAUCUUCCUCGUCUGCUUCGUGCCCUACCACGUCCACCGCUCCGUCUACGUGCUGCGCUACCGCGGCCACCGCGCCUCGUGCGCCGCCCAGCGCGCGCUGGCGCUCGGCAACCGCAUCACGUCCUGCCUCAGCAGCCUCAACGGCGCUCUCGACCCCAUCAUGUACUUCUUCGUGGCCGAGAAGUUCCGAGACGCCCUGUGCAGCCUGCUGUGCGGCAAGAGGCUGCCGGGGCCGCCCCCCAGCGCCGACGGGAAGACCAACGAGAGCUCGCUGAGCGCCAGGUCGGAGCUGUGA